GGACAUCGGUAUCGACAGCACGGGAAGGGGUGUUGUAUUCAGGAGGUGCGUUUUAGCAAAACUGAGGUUAUAUCUGACAUAAAGUCAGGUAAUGUCAUCUAAUGUUGGCGCCAGUCCGGAAUUUAUGUGUUUAUAUAUUCAAUCGUUUGACUGUAAGAAUGAACUCUCCAUAUUUCACCGAUUCAGUAGCUGUAUUAGGCACUUGUGCAACUGAAACUAUGGGGAAAAGUGCUGUAAAUAAAGGAGGAAUUCGCAGAUUGAGAUCCAGAAUGGCUCAAGGGCUUAAAUCAGAAGAUGAUUCUCCAAACGUGAAAGCAGAAGAUCACGAGCAGAGUAUUUCAGAUGCUCCACUGCAAACACAUGCAGAAACUCCUGCAGAGACUGUGACAAAUUGCAAUAACACAACCACAAAAGUGAAAGAAGAAGCAGUGGAUGAGCAAGCCGCUUUGACGUCACCUAGAAAACCAAGGCGGGGCCGUGUGAAGGUGGAGUAUGAGGAGGAGGAAGGGGCGGAGCUAAAGAGGGAGCGCUGGGAGCCGCGUGAUUGGAGAACACAGCUGUCAUUCAUCAGGGAGAUGAGGAGCAAACGGGAUGCGCCCGUGGACCAAAUGGGAGCAGGGAAAUGCUACGACACCGAGGCCCCGCCUGAGGUGCGUCGUUACCAGGUGCUGAUCUCCUUAAUGCUGUCCAGUCAAACGAAAGAUCACGUGACGGCUGGUGCUAUGCAGAGAUUACGUGAGCAUGGGCUCAGUGUGGACGCCGUACUCGAGUUGGACGAUGAGACUCUGGGUAAACUCAUCUACCCCGUGGGCUUUUGGAAGAAAAAGGUGAAGUACAUCAAACAGGCCACGGCUCUGAUCCAGCAGGAGUUCGGCGGAGACAUUCCUGACACAGUGGAGGGUCUGAUGCGUCUGCCGGGCGUUGGUCCCAAGAUGGCCCACCUGGCCAUGGACAUCGCCUGGAACCAGGUGUCAGGAAUCGGCGUGGACACCCACGUUCACCGAAUCUCAAACAGACUCGGAUGGACCAAGAAGGGGACCAAGACGCCAGAGGAAACGCGGAGAGCUCUCGAGGAGUGGUUGCCACGAGAUCUGUGGAGUGAGAUCAACUGGUUGCUGGUUGGUUUCGGGCAGCAGGUGUGUUUGCCUGUUGCUCCGCUGUGCUCCGUAUGUCUCAAUCAGCACACCUGUCCCUUCGCCCACCGAUCGUCUCCAAAGAAGCUCAAAUCCAGCCCUGCAAAACCUGCCAUUAACGGUCCCGAUGACAAACUAGCAUCUCCAACAGCACAGGUCAAAGAAGAGCCAGCGGAUGCAUCCCUGUCUCAGAGGAGCAAGAACACAGCCAAACAGGAAGUGCCAGGAAACCAGGUACAAGAACAGCUGACAUCAGAAGAAGACGCUCCAUCUGUCCUUAAAAAGAGAAGCAGGAGGAAAGGGAGAGCAGGAGCACAACAGAACACUUCACACCAGACACAAAGGACAGCAGAGACUUAGAAUCAGUUUCAACAAAGUACUGUGUAAAUGCAAAACAAAUGUCACUUUAAUUCGUUUUGUAGGUUUUAU